AUGGCCCGCAUCAUCGACCUGGAGCCCUGGGACGAUGGCUCCGCCCACGUGUACGCUUCGCCAGCCAUCCUCCUCCCGAUAGAGCGCGUGCGUAACCCACUUGCCGGCGUGAAGCACCAACUCUACCACCCCAUCCUGCCCACCCUGCGGCGCAUGGAUAUGGACACUGUCAAGGGCUGCCUCUCGGAUGAGCACUCCCAGUCUUCCACCUACUGCUCCAAAGAUGACUUUAACAAGGCCCACUUCACACUCCUGGGAGUCCCCAACAAACCUCUGCAAUGCCUGGACUUCACAGCGACCGGCCGGAAGCUCUGCCACAAGUACCGCGAAGGGAAGAUGGUGCCCAUCGCGCCAGGCAUCAACCGGGUCGACUGGCCCUGCUACACGCGUGCCAUCGAAGAUUGGUCUAAAUUCGUGUCCAGGUCCGGGGAGUUCAAGCUGCCUUGCGCCAACAAAAGGGUGGAGAGUUUCAGUGGCUACGCGGUGCGGUACUUGAAGCCUGACGUGACCCAGAACUGGCGGUACUGCCUCAACCAGAACCCCAGCCUGGACCGCUAUGGACAGAAGCCCAUGCCUUUCGACUCGCUGAACGCAUUCCGACGCUUUGGCUCCCACUACAGUCGCGUUAACUAUCUGACUCCCUGGCAUUAAUCUGUGGGGGGGGAAAGGCUGAUCCCUCUGUGGCUGGACUGUGCCACCUCAGGUCCCCUAGCAGGACAUAGGGCAUACGGUGGCACCACCCAUCUCCCCAGGAGUUCAG